ACUAAAAUUAGUUUAUAAAAAAUCCCCCAAGUCUUGGAUUCUCCCUUAUGUGCAGCAUUAUUCAUCUUUAUAUAUAAGGAGUUUCUGAUAGAACCUCUUACUAAUCAUUUUAGUCACCAUGGAUUCUCAAAUACUCAACUCAUUAGCCCUUAUCUUGCCCUUAUUCCUCUUCAUGAUUCUGAUCCUAAAACUAGGGAGAAAACUCAAGAGAACUGAAUUGUCUCUAAACAUACCCCGAGGACCAUGGAAACUGCCUAUUAUAGGAAAUUUACACCAGCUUGUUACAUCGACACCACACCGAAAAUUAAGAGACCUGGCCAAAAUAUACGGACCCAUGAUGCAUCUCCAACUUGGGGAGAUCUUCACAAUCGUUGUUUCCUCAGCAGAGUAUGCUGAGGAGAUACUGAAAACCCAUGAUGUCAACUUUGCAUCAAGGCCCAAGUUUCUAGUUUCAGAAAUAACGACCUAUGAACACACAAGUAUUGCUUUUGCACCUUAUGGAGAAUAUUGGAGACAGGUACGAAAAAUAUGCGCCAUGGAGCUUCUCUCCCCAAAACGUGUCAACUCAUUCCGGUCAAUUAGAGAAGAAGAGUUCACCAAUCUUGUCAAAAUGGUUGGUUCACAUGAAGGGUCCCCCAUCAACCUCACUGAAGCAGUGCACUCAUCAGUGUGCAAUAUAAUUUCGAGAGCUGCGUUUGGCAUGAAGUGCAAAGACAAAGAAGAAUUCAUAUCAAUCAUAAAAGAAGGUGUAAAAGUUGCAGCAGGUUUUAACAUAGGAGAUUUAUUUCCUUCUGCUAAAUGGCUUCAACAUGUUACUGGUUUGAGGUCUAAGCUUGAGAAGCUGUUUGGACAAAUUGAUCGGAUACUAGGAGACAUCAUCAAUGAACACAAAGAGGCAAAGUCAAAAGCCAAAGAAGGCAACGGCAAAGCAGAGGAAGAUCUGUUAGCUGUUCUCCUUAAAUACGAGGAGGGUAAUGCUAGUAACCAGGGAUUUAGCUUAACUAUUAACAAUAUCAAGGCAGUUACCUCGGACAUCUUUGCUGGUGGAAUUGAUGCAGUAGCAACUGCCAUAAAUUGGGCAAUGGCAGAGAUGAUAAGAGAUCCAAGAGUGAUGAAGAAAGCACAAAUUGAGGUGAGAGAGAUAUUCAACAUGAAAGGAAGGGUUGACGAAAGUUGCAUGGAUGAACUAAAAUAUUUGAAAUCAGUUGUCAAAGAGACCCUAAGGUUACACCCACCAGCUCCUCUUAUACUUCCAAGAGAAUGUGCACAGGCAUGUGAGAUUAAUGGGUUCCAUAUACCAGUCAAAACCAAGGUAUUUAUCAAUGUCUGGGCAAUUGCAAGAGAUCCAAAUUACUGGAGUGAACCAGAGAGGUUUUAUCCAGAGAGAUUCAUUGAUAGCUCUAUUGACUUCAAAGGGUGUAAUUUUGAGUACAUUCCAUUUGGUGCUGGAAGAAGAAUCUGCCCAGGAAGCACCUUUGGUUUAGCAAGUGUUGAGCUGAUACUUGCAUUUUUGUUGUAUCACUUUGAUUGGAAGCUUCCAAAUGGAAUGAAAAAUGAGGACUUUGACAUGACUGAGGAAUUUGGAGUGACUGUUGCAAGAAAAGAUGAUAUAUAUUUGAUACCUGUCACUUAUAAUCCUUUCCUGGGAAAUGGUGCAGACAGUAGGGAAGUGAGUAGUGCAAGCAAAGAAGGCUGAGUAGGAUUCAGUGCCACGCUCAAGAAGAAGUCCCUAACGUUUAUGCCACAUCUUUGUUGAAAAAUGCCUCAGUGCUUCAGUUGUUUUAUAAUGAAUAAUUUGUCAUUAGACCAAGUUCUUAAGAGAUGUUAUUGUGAUGUUUAUUGUUAUGUUGCGUUUUUAAGAGCAUUAAAUUGUGGAGUUUCUUUUACAUUUGUCAGUUAUGCUUUAUCUCUAUAUAAAAAGCAUCUUGUAUUUAAUGGGUGUGCUUGUAUUUAUAAAUUGCAAUUUUAUGUUUUUUU